CGCCCGACCCCUUUGCCCUGCUCCCGCGAGGGUGCGCGGGAAAUCGUGAGGGCGUGUGGAAGCUGGCGGGCCGCUGAGACUAUGGCCACCUCCUCGGUGUCCAAGGGCUGCUUUGUGUUUAGGCCAAACUUCAAGAAGAGAAAGAUAUCUGUUCCCUUAGAGGACUAUUUUAAUAAAGGGAAAAAUGAAUCUGAGGACAGUAAACUUCGAUUUGAAACUUACCAGUUGAUGUGGCAGCAGAUGAAAUCUGAAAUUGAGCGACUACAAGAGCAACUAAAUAAAAACCUGUUUGACAAUCUAAUUGAAUUUCUGCACAAGUCUCAUUCUAAUUACAAGAAGAACUCAAAAGACUGGGGCUGUCAAAUAAAAACCAGAGAAAUUCCAACUGCAGCUAUUGUUCUAGGUGUGAAUGUAACAGAUCAUGAUUUAACAUUCAGAAGUCUGACAGAAGCCCUUCAGCAUAAUGUGACACCAUAUGUAGUCUCAUUGCAAGCUAAAGAUUGUCCAGAUGUAAAACAUAUUUUGCAAAAGAUGGUUUCCCAGUUAAUGAACUGGUGUGCAGAUAAAGAAUCCAGAGAAGGGGGAAGUAUUCAGGUCACCCAGAAAAAGUCACAUUGUUCAAUGGAUUUUCUUACCAGUUGGUACAUGAAUGUCACACAGAAGUCAGAACUAAAAGUACCAAGAAAAAAAAGAACUUUAUCUAGCCAAUGGCAGUCUCCUCCUGUUGUGCUUAUCUUAAAGGAUAUGGAAAGUUUCACCACAAAAGUGCUGCAAGAUUUCAUAAUUAUUGUCAGUCAGCAUCUACAUGAAUUUCCACUAGUACUCAUAUUUGGAAUUGCUACAUCUCCUAUUAUCAUCCACCGUUUGCUUCCUCAUGCAGUGUCAUCUCUCUUAUGUAUAGAAUUAUUUCAGUCAUUGUCUUGCAAGGAGCACCUGACAACAAUUCUUAAUAAGUUACUUCUUACAACUCAGUUUCCCUUUAAACUAAGUGAAAAAGUGUUACAGAUUCUGACCAACAUUUUUUUGUAUCAUGAUUUCUCAAUUCAGAAUUUUAUAAAAGGACUUCAGCUUUCUCUAUUAGAGCAUUUCUAUUCUCAGCCCCUCAGUGUUCUGUGCUGUAAUCUUCCAGAGGCCAAAAGGAGAAUAAAUCUUUUAUCAGAUAAUCAAUGUGAAAAUAUCCGACGUCUUCCAUCAUUCAGAAGGCACGUGGAAAUGCAAGCUACAGAAAAACAAGUGGCACUAUUGACCGGUGAGAGAUUUUUGAAGGAGGAAACACAGUUAUUACUAGAAAAUCUGCAUGUUUACCAUACAAAUUACUUCCUGGUUUUGAGAUGUCUUCAUAAGUUCACCUCUUCUCUUCCCAAGUACCCAUUAGGUCGACAGAUCAGAGAGCUGUACUGCACAUGUUUAGAAAAAAACAUAUGGGAAUCAGAAGAAUAUGCUUCAGCUUUACAGCUGCUGAGGAUGUUGGCAAAGGAUGAACUGAUGACCAUACUUGAGAAAUGUUCCGAGGUUUUUAACUUGUCUUCUGAAAAGCAUCUUGACAGCACAGCAAAGAGAAUAGAAGAAUUUCUGGCCCAGUUUCAGAGCCUUGAUGCAGAUGCCAAAGAGGAAGAAGAUUCUUCUGGGUCACAGUCAAAGGGGCUUCAGAGGACAGACCUCUAUCAUCUUCAGAAGUCCCUACUGGAAAUGAAAGAGUUAAGAAGAACAAGUAAGAAACAGACCAAGUUUGAAGUACUCAGAGAAAAAGUUGUGAACUUCAUUGACAGCCUAGUGAGAGAACACCUUGUGCCCCCCGAGACUCAGCCUCUGCACGAGGUUGUAUACUUCAGUGCAGCUCAUGUCCUUCGUGAGCACUUGAAUGCUGCUCCGAGAAUCGCCCUCCACACUGCACUCAACAACCCUUAUUAUUAUCUCAAGAAUGAAGCACUGAAAACUGAAGAAGGCUGCAUUCCAAAUGUUGCCCCAGACAUCUGUAUAGCAUAUAAACUGCACCUAGAAUGUAGUAGGCUAAUCAACCUUGUGGACUGGUCAGAGGCUUUUGCAACAGUUGUGACAGCUGCUGAACAAAUGGAUGUAAAUUCUGUAACCUCAGAAGAAAGGAAUGAAAUUAUCCAUCUCCAGUGCUCGAUUUAUCAGAGCAGUUUCUGAACUAGAACUUUUAGGAUUUAUAAAACCUACCAAACAGAAGACUGACCAUGUGGCAAGGUUAACAUGGGGAGGCUGCUAGAAAGUAAAUUAAGGAAGCCGAAAUGAUCACAUUUAACUUGAGAGAAAGACAAGACCAGUUCUGUUUACCUGCCAUUAGAGGAAAUGUGGUUUGCAAGAACUGUGAAUCUACAUGGGAUGUUCAACCAGGAAUUUAGAGUGAUGACCACAGAAAUAAUAUUUAAAAACCUUUGGAGUAGUUUGAAUCCAACAAAUAAAACGCUUAC